UUUGCAAGUUAAGACUCACAAAGACAAAGAUCAGUUCUCAAGACGCGGCAAACAGAUAACAUAAAGAAGACCUCAAAAGUGCAUAACACUAACCAAAGGCAACAAAAAAAAGAAAAUUCUUGUUUUUCCUCUUCUACAAAUCAAGAACAACAAUAUGGUGUCUCAAAAGCUAGAGAUUUGCAUCGAAUUGGUGAAAAUUGCUGUUGUUUUCGUCACCACCGUGGCUGAAACAGUAGAAGAAGCUUUCCGUAAGCCUCAACCGUCGCUUCCAGCAGUUCACGAUGGUCGUCGGAAUAAUUACGCCGCUGUUCCCAUUCCUCUUGUUGGAUUCAUGUAAUGAGCUUUUUUGUUUGGACGUUCUUUUCUUUUCUUUUUCUUUUUGGUUUUGGCCUCGUUAAAAGUUAGUAGUUCUCUUGCCUAGCUUGUGGCGUUUUGGAUGCUGUUGAUUUGUGUAUAAAGUAUAACCAAAAAAUUAUCAUGAAGAGUUUACAGAUUAAUCAAAUCGUCAACGUUUCUAUAA